AUGCUGACAUCUCGAAGACCCAGAGAGAGAGAGAGAGGAAGGGAGACAAGACUUAGGCCUGUAGGAGGCAACCCGUCGCUAAGCACCGGCAAGUCUUGCCGGUCGUCAAGCAAAUUCCUGUGCCGAGGAAGGCGCGAAAAAGUCGUGGCAAAGUCGAGGUCGUCGUGUGGGACUGACGGCAAGGCGCCCGGCGUCUUGUUACGCGCUACGCGUUGCCGAAGGGUCCGAAUGGCAGCAUUGCUCGAGGACUUGUCGGAUGGCGCAGAGCCGACGGCCGUGCCACUCUAUGCUUCGUGCUCGGACCUGACAACUCUACAAGGAGUCUUCGUCGAGUAUCUUACUCAUCAGGGCGAUGAGCUAUAUGACAGCGUGAGUCAAGGGUGCGGCUGUACUUGUGUCGACGGGGACUGCAUGAGCAACGGCCUUUGCGCCUGUCUUGAAGAUCAUGGCUGCUUCUUUAAAGAUGGCACCCUUGCCCUCGACGACAUUCCGCCGCGCCACGCCCUCUUCGAGUGCGGCCGGCAUUGCGCAUGUCACGAGCGCAAGGAAAUCUGCGGCAAUCGCACCGUGCAGCGAGGCAUACAGCAUCCGUUGUACGUUGCUAUCACUGGCAAGCGAGGGUUAGGCUUGUUCACGAGAGACGCGCUCAGCAAAGGCGCGUUCAUCUGUCUAUACGAAGGCGAGCGGCUCGAUGAGGCAGAGGCUGCAAAACGGUGGGAGGCGCAGCGAGUUUCAGGACAAAGCAACUUCAUUUUGGCUGUAAGGGAGAAUUCGAACGCAGGAAAGCUCAGCACCAUCAUCGAUCCUCGACGGCGAGGCAAUGCCGGGCGAUUCUCUAAUCAUGCUUGUCCGCCGCUUGCGAACAUGAUCCCUUGUCUGUUUCGUAUGGCAGGCGAUCUACAUCCCCUUAUUGCCAUGAUCGCAUCGCGGGACAUUCCUGCAAGCACAGAGCUGACCUGGGACUACGGCGUAAUAAUGCAUGCGCGUACAAGCCAUCGACGAGCGAGCCAAUAG